AUGUCGUUCAACAACACGGAAGAACAGCAAUUGUUAGAAUGGGUACGAAAGCAGUUGCCCACAAGAAUUGUAUCGAGCGUCACGACCGACUUUCGUGAUGGUCAUGUUUUUGUCGAGUUGGCUGCCCUAAUCACAAAAACUUCUAUCCCUAAAAUCGAACCAGGUACAACCACACAACAGAAAAUGAACAAUGUCGAUCUUGCGCUUCAAAUCGUCACCAACAAAUUUGGCAAGCUGGAAGGUGUUUCUAUACAAUGUAUCGUCAACGGAAACAGAGAUCAGACACUCGACUUUAUCAAUCACCUGAAAAGAAUCGUUGGAUUUGAGAAACUGAAACGGAUCCAACAAAAUCAGAAGAUUCGUAAAGACCUCAAAGCGUUUGAAGAGAAGACUAAGAUGAUGAGAAACACCGUCAACUUUUCCUUGGUUGAGUCUGGGUCAUCUUCGAUGUUUGGGAGAAAAAGCGCAUUUAUCUCAACAAAAAGUGGUGUGGAAAUGAAAAGGUGUACGGUUAUUUACGAUGAUGCACAAUACCCAAGAAUUAACCCACAACGAGCCUCACCCACGAAAACGCGGACAAUAGAACUUAAGAAACAAAAGGGGUUGUGCAGAAAAGUUGGUAUUCGAAACGGAUCAUUCGAGUCAAAGAAAGUUGGAGCACCAAAUAAAGAGGAACUACUGUUGACAACAAGCAAAUUGUCCGCAGAGGGUAUCGUUCCACAAAAGAGUAAAGGUGUGAUAACGGUCAAACCCCCAGAAUUGAUCAAAAAGGAGGAAAGUCACCAAAAGAAAUCGAGUUUUACAGAGGAAGAUGAUAUCACACUUCCAGAAGAAAACAAUAACAAGAAGAUGGAUGAAAUUGAAGACGAGUCGUCGUCGGAACCUUCGGAGGAAGAGUCGUCGUCGGAAGAGAAUUAUAUUGAGCUUGAUGAUAAGGAACAAAACGAGUUGAUGAAAUGUGUGGUCAAAAGAGUCGAGAAAGAAGAUACAAACGGAGGUGAUCCUAACAUCAAAAAAAUAAAAAACAACGUGUUUAAAGUGAAAAAUGUAUAUUACGUUGUUUCCGAUGUUGUCAAUGGUGAAAAUAUAUUAUCUCCACUGAAUUUGUCAGUCGAUGCGACUGUGUCGUGUAUUCAAUCAAUUUUAAGAACAAAAGUUUUAUCAAAGACGUUUUCUAUUGAAAUAAAAAAGGAACAGAAAAACAUCCAAGACAUAUCGAGAAAGGCACAGAAACAUAUGCAAACAUUCAUAAAAGUUCAGGCUAUGGCCAAAGGCUAUUUCUUUAGAAAAAGCAAGUUAGCACGAAAAAUGAAAGAUUUGAAGUAUGCGGUUCGUGAAAUUGUUGAGAGUGAAAGGUCAUAUUUCAAAGAUUUGAAUAUCAUUCAGAAAAUGAUUGACAAAACGCUGGAACUAUCACCAAAGAGUGACAUUGUACACCAAGCAAAACUUGUUAUUGGAACAAUGAUAACAUGCAACUCGAUGCUGUUGAAGACAUUAGAAGAAAUGAUUAAAAAAGAUCCAUUUGGAAAGACACUUCAUUUAUCUUUUUCGACAUUCACUAAAUACUUGACAUACUACACAACGUAUAUGAACAUUUACCUUCCACUCAAAACGUUUUAUGAAAGCGAUUCUAACAAAAGUAUUGUCAAAACUAUUUCAAAACACUUUUUGAAUGACUUGGAACCAGACAAUUAUUUAAUGAGGCCAAUUCAGCGCCCUCCUCGUUAUAAGUUGUUGAUGGACGCAGUCGUUUCGGCACUUCCCGAAUGGUGGCAGAACCAAAAAGAACUCAAGACGUGUUCUAACACUUUGAGGGAAGCCGUUUUUCAUUUGAACACGUGCAUGAAGAAGAACAAUGAUCAGAGGGCCGUUGAUGAACUUCUCUCGAAACUUUCAUUUCCAAAGAAGUUUCUUUUGGAAAAGGAUACUCAGAGAAGAAUUGUGUAUCAAGGGUUUUUGUCGCGCAAACAAAAGGGGAAGAAAGACGACGAGUUCUGCUGUUUUCUGUUCAACGACUAUUUGGUGUUUGCAAAAGUUCGGAGAGAAGACGUCGGGGAUAUUCCAAGUGAGACACUAAAAAACAAGAGCAAAGUCUAUCACGUUAUUGAUAUGCGGCAAGUCACUUUGAUGGAUGUUCCAAGCGAAGAAUCAACGUUUUGUAUCAACAUUCCACAAAAGUUGUUUUUGUUGAAAGCGGAAAAUGAAGAUAACAAAUUAACGUGGAUGCAUCAGAUUGACGGAGUCUUCGCAUUACAACAACAGAAGAUGUUGGUAAGACUAAGCAGUCUGAAUUCGUCAAUACCACCACUUGAUAUUUCUGUCUUCAAUCAAACCGAAUACCUCAUUCACCCCGACUACGAAGAGACCAUCUUUUAUUUCAACCAAGCAAAUAACAACUGGGAACAGGUGUUCAUGAUGCUACAAAAGAAUGUUGUAUGUAUGUUUGUCAACGCAGAAGAGGCGGCAACACUCAAACAACCGACUUUGGUAUUUGACAUUCUUCAACUGAAAUUCAAAGGAGUCCAAGUUUCACAAAGAAAAUACACAUUCGAGGUGUACUACAAAAAUUUCACAUACAUAUUUGCUACGAAUAACAACAACUGCAAAUUUGUGUGGCUUUCAUUACUCAGAAAUUCGUUUUACACGCAUUGUAAAAGUAUCAUGGACUUGAACUCGUUUGGUAUCAACGAGUUUUCAACCGAUUUGCUCAAAACAUGGACCGUCUUUGAUGACAUAUUGCCUGAUAUCGAUUCGGACCACUAUUAG